CUUUUGGCGCAGAUAAACCCCCUCGAGUUCAUUUAUGAACUCUACCGCCCUUCCCGAGCUAAUCGUCUUGCAGGAUCAGGACUCUUCCGUGCUUCCCCGAAAGACAUCAACACCGACCUCUGAGACGGACGGUAUGAGAAACUACCUACAUUAAGUUCCUUCGCCCAAGAGACACGAACGAGUCACCUAUACUCUGGAACUGGACACCAACAGAACCCCCACCUGAACCGAUCACCCUCUACCCGGCACACACGAUGGACAUGGACCACGCGACGACAACAGCCAUGGCGAUGGCGACAUCUACCACGGCGGCCUCAGGAGACAUGUCCAGCGGUAGCAUGUCCAUGUCCAUGGCCGACAUGGCCAUGACCUUCUUCGAGGCGGUCCGGACGCCGCUCUACUCGGACGCCUGGACGCCGGGCAACGAGGGGCAGUACGCCGGCACAUGCGUCUUCUUGAUCGUCCUCGCCGCGAUCCUGCGUCUGCUCCUCGCCGUCAAGCCGGUGCUCGAAGAUCGCUUCUGGAGGAACCUCGCCACGUUCGACGAUGCCGCCAAAGACGUCGAGGACGCGCACUCCACCGACGGCGUUGAGCCCGGGAAGUCCGCCGGGGUGCUACGGAGAGACAUCGCUGGACGAUGGAGGGGGUGGCGCGCCGGUGCUGCGGCGGCGAGGGCCACGUACGAGGUCAUCGUCGGAGGGAUCGGCUAUCUGCUCAUGCUCGCCGUCAUGACCAUGAACCUCGGGUACUUUCUCUCAGUUCUCGGAGGCAUAUGGCUGGGGACAUUUUUCAUUGGCGGCCUGGCCAGCAACAGCCCGACGAUUCACUGUUAGCCAAGAAUAAGUGGAUUGAGUCUUUAUGAAAUAAUCAUACGAAACAGCUAUCUACUCUUUUUCA